GUGUGUUUGUGUCCACGGCUCUGAAACUUCAGUUCGAAUUUGCCAUAAGUUAUGAAUAGCUCAGAGUUAAAUGCGAAUUUUACGAGAAAUGGAUCCGCAUUCAGUGAUUAUUACUAUUACUACUAUGCAGAUGAACCUUACUCUGUCAAAAUGCCGUUACAACAUAUUCCUGUUUUGGCCAUUGUGUUUCCACUGAUAGGACUGUUGACUAUUUUAGCAAACGGUAUAGUAAUUUUUGUCUUUUGUAAGCAAAAGUUGAAAACUCCGACUUCUGUUUUGCUAAUAGAACUGGCAAUAUCCGAUUCGUUGGUAUGCAUUCCAAUUGUUGUUUUGCAUAUUUAUAUCUAUUCUCUUGAAAAUCACCAGACGUACUUGCUCUAUGGUUGGUGUAUUACACACCAUGUUGGCUAUAUAACGCAACAAAUAUUUCGAUCGACAUCUAAUUGGUUGACAGCCAUGUUAGGCUUACAAAGAUGCAUUGCAGUUUCAUGGCCUUUCCGUGCACAGCGUAUAUGUACAAUCAAAAUGUCUGUCAUAUCUUUUUUCGUUUUCGUUGUUGGAUCUAGUGCUGUUUACAUCAACGAAGCUUUAUCAAUCGAAAUAAAACCACUCACAAUAAAUGAAUCUUUACCAAGAGGAUGCAUUCGAAACAUUCCAGCAUGGUAUAUGGAAAAUAUCAUAGAUUUGAGAAUGUCUGUUAUGAUGUAUUAUAUCUUUAAUGGAUUUUUAACAAGAUUUUUACCAUGUAUCGUGCUUUUAGUAACGACCCUGUCUCUCAUAAGAAGUCUUUGUUUUAGAUCAAAUGGAAUGGGCAAAACUAUACAGGAGUCUUAUUCCUCUAAAAGCAAGCUCCGAAGAACCAAUAUUCUAGUGCUAGUUAUUCUUUUCGUGUUUCUUGUUGCAGAAUUACAAGAUGCAAUUGCAUUCUGUAUAUAUUCGUAUGAGCUGGCAGCUGAUAGACCGCGUUCGGUUUUACCGGAAGGUGCUGAUGAUGUAUGGGAUAUUUACGGUAUGGUUGUCACAUUAGUUGGAUACCAAUGUAUAUUCUGGAUCUUUUUCUUGAUGAGUUCUCAGUUUAGAGCAGCAUUGAAACAAGUAUUUUGCAGGUGCACGUGCAAGAAUAAACUGUCUAGAGAUGAUUCAGUACGUGUUUCUUUCAUAAGAAGUAGUACACGAUCAGGCAAUAGUGGCGCACACUAAAUGAAUGUGCCCGAAUCGAACACAUAGAAAUUCACCCGUACACUAUGAGUUUUUUCUUAUGUAUUUAUCGGCAAGAAAAAUAAAUAUACAAUCACAAUCGGUCCUUCUUUCAUUUGGUAUUAACA